GGAACCCUCGCCACCCGCCCGGACGCGCACGGGGAGUUCGCGAACUCGCGACGCAGCGGAGGACCCCUGGCCAGUCCAGACAAAGGACUCGGACAAGGCCUGACCUCCGCCCGCUGCGGGGCGGCCGCGCUUCCUAACUGGCUCCACGACGGCCCAAUGGGAAAGGAGAACCAGCAGCCUCUGUUUGCAUAAGUGCCUGUUCGGGGGAGACAACCCAUCCAAUCAGACGCUGAGGAUUUGGACCCUUCAUUUGAAUAUAGAGCCGACAAGUAGCGCUGCCCCCACCGCAUUGCAGCGCCUGUGCGAGUGCUUGACUUCUCGUCAUGCCGGACCCCUCUCGCUCGGCUCCGGCCCCCAAGAAGGGCUCCAAGAAGGCCAUCACGAAGGCCCAGAAGAAAGACGGCAAGAAGCGCAAGCGCGGUCGCAAGGAGAGCUACUCCAUCUACGUGUACAAGGUGCUCAAGCAGGUGCACCCCGACACGGGCAUCUCGUCCAAGGCCAUGGGCAUCAUGAACUCGUUCGUCAACGACAUCUUCGAGCGCAUCGCCAGCGAGGCGUCGCGCCUGGCGCACUACAACAAGCGCUCCACCAUCACGUCGCGCGAGGUGCAGACGGCCGUGCGCCUGCUGCUGCCCGGCGAGCUGGCCAAGCACGCCGUGUCGGAGGGCACCAAAGCCGUCACCAAGUACACCAGCUCCAAGUGACGCGCGCCCCGGGCGCCUCGCACCCAAAGGCUCUUUUCAGAGCCACCCACGCGCUCGAGAAAGGAGCGUGCCACCUGCUUGGUCGUGCAGUGAGUGUCCUGGGCCUGUGUGAGCCUCUGCUCCCUGCUGGCGGACCCCCACCGCCGCA